UGCCGGCAUGUCGCAAGUUGAGAAGGCGCUGGACGUUCUGCUCCAGGAGGCGGAGGAGCUGUGCAUCGGGAGCAGCAUAGCGGAGCUCGACCGGAUUCCGAGUGCCCUGGAGUUCUGCCGCGACUACUACGCCAAGAACCAGCCGGUGGUCAUUCGCCAGGGGCUCUCGUGGCCAGCGAUUGGCAAAUGGACACCGGAGUACCUAAUCAAGGCUCUGGGGGACCGGGAAGUGGACGUGGCCAUCACCCCGAAUGGAUACGCCGAUGGCCUGGCCACCGAGAAAGGCGAGGAGUACUUCGUCCUUCCCCUGGAGACGCAAAUGAAGCUAUCCGAACUGGUGCGCCGCCUGGAUGAUCCCACCGGUGCCGUUCACUACAUCCAGAAGCAGAACUCCAAUCUCAGUGUUGACCUACCAGAACUGGUGGCCGAUCUGGGGAUCAGUGAUCUGGAUUUCGCUCAGCAGUCCUUUAAUAAACCCCCCGAUGCGGUUAACUUUUGGCUGGGCGACGAGCGCGCCGUGACCUCGAUGCACAAGGAUCCUUAUGAGAAUAUGUAUUGCGUGAUAUCUGGUUAUAAAGACUUCAUUCUCAUCCCGCCUCAUCAGUUGAGCUGUGUGCGGGGGAUUUACAGGACCGCUGUUUACAGGACCUCGGAGAGCGGGCAAUUCCACAUAGAACCCUUGCUGGAUGAGGAGGGCGCCGAGCAGCUCACGGAAUGGGUUAGCAUCGAUCCCUUGGCCCCUGACUUGGCCAAAUAUCCGGAGUACGCCCGUGCCAAGCCGCUUAAGGUGCGCGUUCAUGCCGGCGACAUCCUGUACCUGCCCAACUAUUGGUUCCAUCACGUCUCCCAGAGCCACAAGUGCAUCGCCGUGAACUUCUGGUACGACCUGGACUACGAUAGUCGCUACUGCUACUACCGCAUGCUGGAGCAAAUGACCAGGAGUAACUAGAAUUGUUGUCUUUAGUGUAUUUAUAUAUAUAAUAUUGUUGCAUAAUUUACUGUUAAAUAAAAAACUACGGGCCAAAUGAAA